UGAGAUCACGGCCUGAGCCGAAGUCCGACGCUCAACCGACUGAACCACCCAGGCACCCCACGUUAUGUUUUUAAGAAGGGAGUGUGUGUGUGCGUGUGUGUUUCUGAGAAACUAGGUACGUGUUGUGCUGUAUUUGAAAAAAGAGCGUGUAUUCUGUUUCCGAGAGGAGAAUGUGUGUGCCGCCCUGUGUAAUUAAGAAGGGAGGUUGUGCGUGUCUUGGGGUCUAUUUCUGGGACGGGAGUGCGUUUGUGCGCUUGUGUGUGUGUAUGAGGGCUCCAGAGGCCCCACCAGCUGUGUCACUGACUUUGUCACCCACAUACAACCACAUGAAGCGCCACACGUGAGACCCCCACGUGUCACCCUGUAGGCCUCGGACUCUGAGCUGUCACAUGGCCAAUGUGACAUCCGUGGGCCGUGCCUGCCACACGUGUGUCCCAACAUGCCUUGGGCUGGCGGAGCCUGUCUGCCGUGGAGGCCAGAGCCCCUGUUCCCUUGGGAUCUGUCGGCAUCUCAGGCCCCGGGAGCUGACACAUGGGCCCCCCCUUUCCUGACCCCCCAAUUCCAGAGGGCUCCUCUGCUUCUGGUGCCCCAGCCCCUUGGCCCUCUCCUCCGGGCCCCACCCCACCCCCAGUGGUCUGACUGGUUCCCAACAAAAACACCCUAAGAAUGAGCUCACGGAGAGGCUGCUGCCUCCGCACGCCCCGCCCCACACGCCCAGCCUAGGAGGGUGCCUCCAGUCCCAGGUCACAGAGCCCGGAGUGCUGGGCCAGGGUCCCUGGGGCCCUUGGGGUGGAGGGGGCUGGCCAGGAGCGGCGAUGUCCGUGCAGGUGGCGGCCCCCGGAAACGCGGCCCUGGGCCCGGAGCGCCUGAGCCCCGAGGAGCUGGUGCGCCAGACACGGCAGGUGGUCCAGGGGCUGGAGGCCCUGCGGGCGGAGCACCGUGGCCUGGCCAGGCACCUGGCGGAGGCCCUGGCAGGGCAGGGCCUGGUGGCGGGCUUGGAGCUACUGGAAGAAAAGCAGCAGGUGGUGAGCCACGCGCUGGAGGCCAUCGAGCUGGGACUGGGUGAGGCCCAGGUGCUGCUGGCCCUGUCCGCGCACGUGGGCUCCCUGGAGGCAGAGAAGCAGCGGCUGCGAGCGCAGGCCCGGCGGCUGGCCCAGGAGAACUCGUGGCUGCGGGAGGAGCUGGAGGAGACGCAGCGACGGCUGAGGGCCAGCGAGGAGGCUGUGGCCCAGCUGGAGGAGGAGAAGAGCCACCUCGAGUUCCUAGGGCAGCUGAGGCAGUAUGACCCGCCCGCGGAGAACCAGCGGCCUGAAUCCCCGCCUCGCCGGGACAGCCUGGCCUCCCUGUUCCCCAGUGAGGAGGAAGAGAGGAAAGGUCCGGAGGCAGUGGGGGCCGCAGCCGCUCAGCAGGGGGGCUAUGAGAUCCCCGCCCGCCUUCGGACCCUGCACAACCUCGUGAUCCAGUACGCAGGGCAGGGCCGCUACGAGGUCGCCGUGCCACUGUGCCGCCAGGCCUUAGAGGACCUCGAGCGGAGCUCAGGCCACUGCCACCCUGACGUGGCCACCAUGCUCAACAUCCUGGCGCUGGUGUACCGGGACCAGAACAAGUACAAAGAGGCCACAGACCUUCUCCACGAUGCCCUGCAGAUUCGGGAGCAGACGCUGGGCCCCGAGCACCCCGCGGUGGCCGCCACCCUCAACAACCUGGCUGUGCUCUAUGGGAAGCGCGGGCGUUACCGGGAGGCCGAGCCGCUGUGCCAGCGUGCCCUGGAGAUCCGCGAGAAGGUCCUGGGCACCGACCACCCGGACGUGGCCAAGCAGCUCAACAACCUGGCCCUGCUCUGCCAGAACCAGGGCAAGUUCGAGGAGGUGGAACAGCACUAUGCCCGAGCCCUGAGCAUUUAUGAGGCCCUGGGGGGGCCCCACGACCCGAACGUGGCCAAGACCAAGAACAACCUGGCCUCAGCCUACCUGAAACAGAACAAGUACCAGCAGGCAGAAGAGCUGUACAAAGAGAUCCUCAGCCGGGAAGACCUGCCUGCCCCUCUGGGAGCCCCCCCCACAGGCACGGCUGGGGACACAGAACAGCAGCCCCUGCGUCGGAGCAGCUCCUUCUCCAAGUUCCGCGAGUCCCUCCGGCGUGGAAGCGAGAAGUUGGUCUCCCGUCUCCGAGGCGAGGGGGUGGCUGGGGCAGCAGGAAUGAAGAGAGCCAUGUCGCUCAAUAUGCUGAACGUGGAUGGUCCAAAGGCUGCAGGGACCCAGGUGAGGGGGCACUCGGGUCAAGGAUGGAGUAGGGGGCCACGCUGGGCCCAGAGGCAAGGCUGGGUCCGGUCAGGCUAGAGUGGGGACAGAGACAGGGAUGGACCAGCUAGUGAGCACGCUGGGGGGCGGCCCUCACGGCGACUGGAGCCUGGCCUCGUCCUGCCCCUGUGCCUGUCCUCAGUUCGCCAACCAGCACCUGAGCGAGGCUGCUCGGACCCUCAGCGCCAGCACCCAGGACCUGGGCCCCCGCUGAAGUUGACAGGACCACACGGCUCCAGCUUCUCAGGAAGAGUGGGGAAGGGGUGGAGGUUGGCCUUUCAGCUCCCGGAUGAUCUCUCCCCUGGGGGGGCCCCGGGGUAUCGGGCUUCACUGUGCCCCACUCCCCUCCUGCGAUUAAAGGCUGUAGAUUCGGAAGCCAGGAA